AUUUAGAAGAUAUCUGGCCAGUGUAAUGUGUUUUUUUGUUGAGCAGCGUGCAGAUCAUUAACAGAGCCAGAAUUCCAGAGACAGAUCCAAAAGUAAGUCAGCAUCUGCGGUUGCUCAGUUUUGGUUAGAUCUCUUUCGGCCAGCUGAAGUUCUUUAGAGCCAUUUUCCGAACAAUGGGAACUUUCAUUUGUCUUCGGGUUUUUACUUUUAAACCAGAUCCAACGAAAGUACUUCAGGUUAACUUAAUAGGCUGGACCUAAUGGGUUAAUGAGUGCCGGCCGAAGGUAAUUGGAAAACCAGUUCCAGCUCUUAACAACCGAUGAUCAAUAAUAAGUUUUGGGCAAGGGAUUUGCUUAAAGUGGAAGCCAAGCUGAAAGAGAACCUAAUCCCAGCGGACUUGGGCUUCUACCAUAAAAGUGAAGCGAAAAGGGUUAACCUUUAAAAUUUACAAUGUCCCACGGUCGCCGUUUUUAUGACAAGGAGCGGCCCACAAAAAUGAAAGCUGUGAAAUAAAACGAAAAGAAAAGCCGAGAACAGCGAUUGCGAUACAGAACAAAAACAAACGGAGGAAAGGAUGGCUCGAAAUGAAAAUAAAACACAAACAGAAUCUGGCAGCGAGCAAGGAAAAUGGAAAUGGCAGGAAAAUUCAAAUCACAAACUCGGUAUUUAUUUGCGAAGCGUAAAUGAUUACCACUUAAAAUGUGCUCGACUGCCACCUAAAAACCAAUUGUUGGAAAAAGCACAACCAACCAACCAACCGAGUGGGUGGUUCUGGGUGACUCGAAGGACACGGCAGCAGAAGGAGUAAAAGGACCAAAGGCAACAUAUGUUUUUUAUGCCUGAGCUGUCUAAGUGGAUACGGGCGGAACGGAACGAGUGCUCAGAUGGAAAAGCCAUGGGAAUGGAGGGAUGCGGAUGUGGAGGUGGAGGUUGGGGGCUCCUUGCUGGGCGAGAAAACUGCGGGACAGCUGCCAGAGCUUGUUAGAAUCUCCCAAAGGGGGGAAUUCCCUGGCAGAGCGAAAUAUGGAAUUCAUUAAACGAUUCGUUAUAUAUAGAAUAAAUUGGAUUGGAAAAGCAAAUACCCUAAACAAAAGCGGAGCACAACUUGUUAAGCCGAGAAAGUUGUGCAUUUAAUGUGUGAUUUAUAGGGUUUAAGAACUAGCUUGCAGUAAUCAACUACCGGGAGUUUAAGAAAUUGUUUUUAUCAAAAUGGCCAAUGAUAAAAGUAUUUAUCUAUAAGUAAUCUACACUUUGUUAAAAGUGAUUUUGGAACUCUGUAAAAUGUACAAUUUUAAUGGUUUUACACAGCUUACAAAGUGCUUUGAAAUUCGAUCAUUUAACCAUAAAUAUCAGUACCCAUUUUGUACUUAUCCAUUGUCACCAUAACUUCUAGUACACUUUAAGACUGCACGCGAACGAAAGAGAGAGUGGAUAUGUUUUAGAGAAAUUGAAGAAGGAGAACCAACUCACAGCACAGACAAAACAAAUAUGUUAAUGUAUCUUACACCCAGCGACACGUAUUGGUUUCAGUCUGCAAUCGUCGUUAGAUGGCAUAUAUGAGUGAGUUAUUCCAAAGGGGUGGCAGCUUUUUCGAGCUUUUCCGGCGGGAGUGGUGAGGAAUGGUGAAGGCUACAACAAAUGGGCGGCCUGUGCCGGCGUCGCCUUUUUCCUGCCUUUUUAUGGUCGUCACGGACCGCCCGCAGGACGCAAAAAGGAUUCGCAUUCCGCCCACUUUGCUGCACGCCCUGCUCGCACAUUAUUUUGCCACUUCUUCAGCUGAAUUUGAAUUAGAUUUGUGCAGCAGCGUCUGGCGCGCGUCUUGGCAUCGUGUAAAAUAAUAUAUUUAUUUUUAUUUGCCACACGCAC